CUCUCCGACGCGCGAAGAAGGAAGAGAGCGAAGCGGAGAGGAGCGCGCGGAGGAGGUCCGUUGCUCUCGUUGACUCCGGCGGCGGGCCAGUUUCCGACUCGGCGCUGGACCGUGUGCCACGGCGAUCUCGCUCUCUCUUUCUUUCUCCCCAGGCGGGUGGACGGCGGCGCAAGAUGUGAAGACGUCGGCGUCGAUCAACGUCGCGUCGCACAGCGGGUUAAGAGCCGUCGUCGCGUCUCCUCGUGGUAGAAUGAUAUCGCGCGCUCCGGUUCGGUGCGUGGCCGAUCGAGAGGAGAUCGAGCGUGGUGAUUGCAGCCCGUGAGAUCGAAAGCGAGAGUGCGCGCCGAGUUCGUAAUCGAGACCGCGAGAGAAGCUUUCGUCAGCGAGACGUACCUGGCUCCUUUAAACAGAUCGAAAUUUCGAAAAUUGUCGAAAGAGAGUUCGAUAAAAAAGUAGGUCGCGUAAUCGACAAAGCGCGAGUGGGCCAAGCGUUGAAGUCUCCGUUUCGCGCGACGCUGGAGUGAAUUAGAAUUGUCCCGAGACUGCGAUCUGUUUACUGCCUCGCCAUGAUCUAUCAGGCGAAUCAUCAAGCACCCACGAUGUCGUCCGCGAGGAAGACGUCGCCCAGACCGCAGCAUCGUAAUCUGCAAGCGUCUUCGGCCAAGUGCGCGAAGACGAAGCGGGCGAACGAUCGGACGGUGAACGAAGAGAGAUGCAGAGGACGAUGCAGGGUGCAAUGGAGCGAGAAACAUGUGAAGGAAGGCUUGGUCCUCGUCCAGGAGGCGCAGCUCGCCAGGGUGGUCAAGACGGGACCCAUCACGGAGCACUACGAGAUCGAUCCGAAACCGUUCGCGAGCGGUCAAUGGGCGAGAGUCUACCGCUGCAGGUCCCGAUCAACCGGUAUACUUUACGCGGCCAAAUACUCGUCCAGAAACCGAUUCAAUGCCGAUUGCAGCGCAGAGCUGAGACACGAGAUCGCUCUGUUAUCUCUGUGCUCGCAGUCUCCACGUGUCGUUAGGCUGCACGAUGUCUACGAGACGCCGAAGGAAAUCAUCUUAGUCAUGGAAUACGCGCCCGGAGGCGAUCUGCAGACGCUCAUCGACGGCGAUUUGGUGCCCCUCGAAGGUGACGUCGUACACUUUGUGCGGCAGCUAGUGGAAGGACUCGCCUACCUCCACGAGAGAAAUAUCGCCCAUUUGGACAUCAAGCCACAAAAUCUGGUCAUGAUGGGCUCCUUUCCAGACUGCGACGUUAAACUCUGUGACUUUGAAAUUUCGAGAGUGAUUCUCGAGGGCACCGAGGUCCGAGAGAUUCUCGGCACGCCGGAUUACGUCGCGCCCGAAAUAUUGCAUUACGAACCGAUCACGCUGGCGGCUGAUAUGUGGUCGCUCGGUGUCACGACUUACGUAUUGCUGACAGGCUUCUCUCCUUUCGGCGGCGAAACCGAUCAGGAAACCUUUCAGAAUAUAUCCUUGGGAGAAGUGGAUUUUCCCGAGGAAUUAUUCGAGGAUGUCUCGGCGCAGGCUAAGGACUUUGUCGCGAAGCUUUUGGUGCUGAACCCGAGUGCACGAAUGACUGCGAAACAAUGCCUGCGCCACGACUGGCUGCACGGCGCCCCGAUGCAGGCGUCGCCGCACCUGCGAAGAUAUCUAUCGAAGUCGAGGGAGGUCCUUCUGGAACGCGUAGUCAGCCGAGAGAAUCUGAGGAGGGUUGCGCUGAUGAGUCAAACGACCAGCCAGGUGAACCUCUGCCAGGUGGACAUCCAGAACGAUCAAAGCCAUCAACAGCAGCAUCAACAGAGUUUGCAGGACUGCCUACUGAGCCAAAGUGAAAUGUGCCUGAAUCACUGCCUCACCGGAAGUCGCUCGAGCUUGGCCGGUAGCGAGGGAUUCCCCAGCCCGGCGGAUUCUCAGGCCAGCCUGAAUUCCUCGAGGACCAGUCUGAGCUGCGCGAGCCAGAGCUGCCUGCUGAAUCAGGAGCAGACGCAGGGAUUGCUGAGCAAAGCUCAGAGCCGAUCUCAGGCCAACCUGAAUCAAGGCCUGAGUCGCGGCAUACUCUCGAGAAUACGCAGCCUGAACCGCGUUCAAUCUCAAGCGUGUCUGUUGAACGGAUCCUCAACGAUGAACUCCGAGCAGAGCAGCGCCGUCACGAUGAAUCCCGUCAUCAGCAAAUCCCGCGAGAAGCUGUACGGUUUAAAGACCUUGUCGAAGUCGCAGGGUGUCCUAGAUAUUUACAGAAGCCUGGAGUGCCUGAAACGACGGAGGAAGAGCUACCAGCGUGCGAAAACCGAGGACAUGCUGCCAAUUUUCAAGCAGCUCGACGCCGAGAUCGCUCGGCUCACACCUUCGAUCAGCGACGAUCACGUGGUGGCCACCGAUAUGAAGUCGCAGUUCGAUUUAACAUCUGACGAGACGAGGCAAAAUAAUCAAAACGUGCCGACAGUGUCGACAGACACGAAGACGUCGAGUAACUUUAGCAGCGACAAUCGACACGACUCUUGUGUCGAGUUGAAUAAUUCGAAACAUGAAAUGAAGAACUUAUUGCAGAUUCCGAAGAAGCUCACCUCAGAGUCCGAGGAGAAUCUAGAUUCGCUGAAGUCCGUCGAGUCGGACACUCUGACGGAGGACUCCGACGAGAUGCCGCUGAGCCUCAACGCGCAGCCAAGUGAUAUAGACAAACGUCUCUGCGAGCGCCAGCAUUCCGACGUUUCCAGUCGUUCCAACAAUUCCGCCGCGUCCGACGACAAGGAGGACCGUUCGACGGAAUCGGAAAACGAGGAGCCGAAAUACACGGUGGCGCAGCUGGUCUCGGCGUUCAACAAGCACCAGGAAGUUGCCUCAAAAGCGAGCCUGAAGGCGAUCAUGUCCGAGAGACGAAUCAGCGAGGUGACGUUCCCGACUGGUACGAAAGCGCUGCGCCUCUUCAUUCCGGACAUCAACAUCACCGAGAGCAAGAUCGUCAGGCGAAAGACGAGCUACAAGCCGCGGAAGAACUGGGAGGAGCUCCGAAAACGGAACGAGAAGAACGAGGGCCUCUUGAAGAGCCUCGACAACGAUUCCGGCAACGAGGAUGACGAAGACGAGGACGAGACUCGGGAGAAGACGAAGGAUCCUUCGCAGCAAGACGAACAGAACUCCGCGAAAGAUGCUGAAGAGAAUGACAUUUCGCGGGAGUUAAUCGGUCAGAAAGACGAAAUCACGAACUUAUCCUUGGAUCAGUGGUCACUCCUGCAAUCUGAAGAGAGCCACGAGCAGUCCAUUUUUGUCGACAACGCGAACACUCAACGCCUGGAUACCACGAUAGAUGAAAAGUAUAAGCAGUGCGUGAAGGGCGCCAUGUCCACGAAGACGGAAUCACCUGAAGACAGAAAUAAAAAGUAUCGAAAAUCGCUAGAAGCGCAGCCGAAGAUCACCAUUUCAAUUCGCCAGAAGGAGAGAUUGCCUAAUUAUAUAUAUCCAGACAUAACUACCCCGGCAGUCAAAGACGAGAAUCAUGAAGCGAUAAAAAAAAUGGCUGUCGCCACGACUAAUGGAAAAUUCGGACCCAGAACGCCUAAGAUUGAACGAGCCAAGUCGAGUUUUAGCACUGACACCGCCAAUGUGAAUUUGAAGGACAUUCUGCAGCGAGUGGAUAGCUCUCAGAGCUCGUCUAGAGAGAAUUUGGAGAAUCUGAGAAAAAGGACAUCAAUCGCGAAGAUUAUUUUGAACGACAAUCAGGACGGCGUUUCCAGCGGCUGCAGGACGAGUUCUCGCGCAAAAAGCGAACCACCGACAACCGACAAUCAGCCGGAAGAGCGAGUGAAGCUGGUGGUGCCGCCAUCUUUUAUCCGCUCCUCGUCUCUGUCCAGCGACAGCAGCUGCCCCACGCCGUCCAGCGUGCAGUCCGACAUAAACGCGUCGUGGGAAGACGUUCAGACCACCGCGGGCUCCAGUACGUCUCUGGAAAAGGAGGACGUCUGCAAGGCUGCGCGGAAGAGCGACAUCCAGCGUACGUCCAGCGAGGGCAGGAACAGGCAGUGCGCGGAAGACCGAAAGAUCUGGGGACGGAUCUGCACGGGCUCGUACACCAGAGCUAUGGAGAAGUUCAACGGCAAAAACGUCGACGCUGCAAAAAAGUCGCCGACUUCGGCGAGCUUCGCGCAGCAAACGGAGAAAACCAGGAGAAAGAGCAGCUCCAUGAUGCCGCAGUACAUAAAUUCUUAAGGAACGUCAGUCUUUAGAUCGCCGCCCGAAGUGCACACUAUUUUUAAAUAUCUUAAGCGAUGAACUGAUGCCAUAAAUUUAUCUCCUUAAUGUUCCUGAAGGAAUGUGGAAAACUGUCCACUGCGUAAACUGAGAUCGAUUUACCACGGAUUUUUUCGAAUCACAGCGAAACGGAAGUGGAGGAAAAGAUUGAUCGAUAUUUCUUUUCAGGAUAUCUUAGCCGCGGCAAGGCGGAAGGUAGCGCUCUCACGACCUUGGCAGGUAACCGUGAACGCGGACCUUGGGCGAUUCACGAACGUUAGAAACUCCGUCGCAACGCCACGCGCCGACGUCUCCGAUCCGAGCGUGUCGAUGCGGCUUAAUGACGCGGAGACGCGUGUCAGCGAUUCCACUGAUGAGAGACCCGUCAUUAACGUCCCACUCGAUCGUGUCGACCAGGCAUGAUUGAUGGCUCUGGACGUUAUCCCUUUGGUUUAAUCCUCAUAUUAAGUGAAUACCUAUUCUCAUGCUCGCGCGUGCCGGCAGAGAAACAGCAAUGCAUAAGAUGAUAGUGAAGAUGAUAGUUAUAUUUUCGGAAAAAUAAGGGCGCAUUGAUUGAAGUAAGUUUCGAGCUCUUGACAUCCCACUCGAUUACUUUAUGCGCUACCCUUUUUUCCUUAAUAUUCGUAAACCAUUCUUGUAAGGCGCGAAACAUUUUAAAAUGUUUUUUGGAAGUUUCAGAGUUUAAUAAUUUCAGACUUGUGUAUGGAGAUUGAAUUACCUUCGCAUUUUCUUCAACGGAUGUCAUAAAUAUAAUUUCAAUAUGUAACCCAUUAAUAAACUGAAUUAUAAAAUUAA